UCUCCAGAAGAAAUUCGUCGUCGUAAGAUCUUGAAAAAAGGGAUCCAAUUCACUUUGUUGGUUUGUGGUGAAGAAGGUACUGGUAAAGCAUCAUUCAUCAACACUUUAUGUAAUCAAGAGGUUAUUUCCAAAACUGAAUCCAAAAAUUAUUAUCCACCAAAUGCUCAUCUUAACCCUGGUUUAAAUAUUUUGAAAAAACAUGUGGAUAUUAUUGAGGAAAAUGCAACUCCAAUCAGUCUUGAAAUUAUUUUAACCCCAGGAUUUGGUGAUAACAUUAAUAAUAAUGACUGCACUGGUAAAGUUAUUGAUUUUUUAGAACAACAAUUUGAUUCUGUUUUGAGAGAAGAAUGUCGUAUUAGACGUAAUACAAAGUUUGAAGAUGGUAGACCUCAUGCAUGUCUUUACUUCAUUAGAGCUACUUCAAAAGGUUUAAGAGAAUUAGAUGUUGAGGCAAUGAAGAAUUUGUCAACAAGAGUUAAUGUUAUCCCUGUGAUUUCCAAAAGUGACACUUUAACUGAAGAUGAGUUAUCUCUUAACAAGGCUUUGAUUUUACAAGAUAUAAGAGCAAAUGGAAUCUCAGUUUAUGAUUUUUCUUUGGAUAUUGAUGAUGAUUCUGAAUCAGUUGAUGAACAAAUGUUUUUGAAAAAUGGUUUACCAUUUGCAGUUUCUGGUAGCUAUGAAACUAUUGUUGAUGACAAUGAUGAUAUUUCUCAUAUCAGAGAAUAUCCUUGGGGUACUUUUAGAGUUGAAGAUUUGAACCAUAGUGAUUUCAAUUAUUUGAAAAAUGUUCUUUUCGGGUCUCAUUUACAAGAGUUGAAAGAAUCAACCCAUUCGGUUUUGUAUGAAAAUUUUAGAAGAAUCAGGUUACUUGAAAACACUAAAUAU